AUGCCUGCAUUGAGAAGCUUCCUCCCAGCAACUCUGCUGCUUCCCACCCUUGCACUCGCAGCAGCCCCACCAACAAUCAUCCGCACCCAGACAGCCUCCACCAUCUCCGGAUCCUGGAUCGCCCGCCUCGACGACAGCUCCGAGUUCAACGAAAUCCUCGCCUCGGUCCUGUCCUCCGCCGGCAUCGAAUCCAAAGCAAACUACACGAUUAACCACGUGAAAGGCUUCGCAUUCGACGGCGACGAUGGAGUCCUCGAUAUCCUCGAGACUUUAACCGGAAUCGUGCACGUCGAGCCAGAUACCAAAGUCUACGCCAGCGUCCCUUUGCAACACCGCGAGGUUGCGCCUUUCGCGAACGGGAGCUUGGUCACACAGAAUGGAUCGACCUGGGGGUUGGCGAGGCUUAGCCACGAGGAAACUGGCGCGAAGGACUACGUGUACGAUUCCUCCGCAGGGGAAGGCUCGUACAUCUAUGUGAUCGACACGGGAAUCUACACUUCCCACUCCGAGUUUGGCGAACGUGCGACUUUCGGGGCGAACUUCAUCGAUGACGAAGAUGCAGAUGGCCAAGGCCACGGGACGCAUUGCGCUGGCACUGCCGCAGGAACGAAAUAUGGCGUCGCCAAAAAAGCCUCCCUUGUAGCCGUCAAAGUCCUGGGAUCCGAUGGUUCUGGCUCGAACAGUGGCGUGCUGAAGGGAAUCGACUGGGCGGUCAACAACGCCAAAGAACAGGGCCACAUCGACCGCACCGUCCUUUCCAUGUCCCUCGGCGGCCCCUUCAGCCAACUUACCAACGACGCCAUCGCCGAAGCCGUCGCAGAGGGCGCUUUCGUCGCCGUAGCGGCGGGGAAUGAAAACGAAGACGCCUCCAACUCCUCCCCGGCCUCCACCCCACAAGCCUGCACCGUCGCCGCCUCCACCAUCUCGGACCGCCGCGCCUCCUUCUCCAACUACGGCUCCGUCGUCGACAUUUUCGCCCCGGGCGAAGACAUCCUCUCGUCGUGGAUCGGCUUCCCCUCCGCGACCAACACCAUCAGCGGCACGAGCAUGGCGUGUCCGCACGUGGCGGGUCUGGCGGCGUAUCUGAUUGGAUUGGAGGGGCCCCGCGAGCCGGAGAGUCUGUGUGAGAGGAUUCGGGAGUUGGCGUUGGAGGGCGUGGUGGAGGGUGUGGGGAGCGGGACGGAGAAUUUGUUGGUGCAGAAUGGUGUUGCUGCGUAA